CCGCCGCCUCCGCUCUCCCCGGCUGCAGGCGGCGUGCAGGACCAGCGGCGGCCGUGCAGGCGGAGGACUUCGGCGCGGCUCCUCCUGGGUGUGACCCCGGGCGCGCCCACCGCGCGACGAUGAGGGCGCGGCCGCAGGUCUGCGAGGCGCUGCUCUUCGCCCUGGCGCUCCAGACCGGCGUGUGCUAUGGCAUCAAGUGGCUGGCGCUGUCCAAGACACCAGCGGCCCUGGCACUGAACCAGACGCAACACUGCAAGCAGCUGGAGGGCCUGGUGUCUGCACAGGUGCAGCUGUGCCGCAGCAACCUGGAGCUCAUGCACACGGUGGUGCACGCCGCCCGCGAGGUCAUGAAGGCCUGUCGCCGGGCCUUUGCCGACAUGCGCUGGAACUGCUCCUCCAUUGAGCUCGCCCCCAACUAUUUGCUUGACCUGGAGAGAGGGACCCGGGAGUCGGCCUUCGUGUAUGCGCUGUCGGCCGCCGCCAUCAGCCACGCCAUCGCCCGGGCCUGCACCUCCGGCGACCUGCCCGGUUGCUCCUGCGGCCCCGUCCCAGGUGAGCCACCCGGGCCCGGGAACCGCUGGGGAGGAUGUGCGGACAACCUCAGCUACGGGCUCCUCAUGGGGGCCAAGUUUUCUGAUGCUCCUAUGAAGGUGAAAAAAACAGGAUCCCAAGCCAAUAAACUGAUGCGUCUACACAACAGUGAAGUGGGGAGACAGGCUCUGCGCGCCUCUCUGGAAAUGAAGUGUAAGUGCCAUGGAGUGUCUGGCUCCUGCUCCAUCCGCACCUGCUGGAAGGGGCUGCAGGAGCUGCAGGAUGUGGCUGCUGACCUCAAGACCCGAUACCUGUCGGCCACCAAGGUAGUGCACCGACCCAUGGGCACCCGCAAGCACCUGGUGCCCAAGGACCUGGAUAUCCGGCCUGUGAAGGACUCGGAACUCGUCUAUCUGCAGAGCUCACCUGACUUCUGCAUGAAGAAUGAGAAGGUGGGCUCCCACGGGACACAAGACAGGCAGUGCAACAAGACAUCCAACGGAAGCGACAGCUGCGACCUUAUGUGCUGCGGGCGUGGCUACAACCCCUACACAGACCGCGUGGUCGAGCGGUGCCACUGUAAGUACCACUGGUGCUGCUACGUCACCUGCCGCAGGUGUGAGCGUACCGUGGAGCGCUAUGUCUGCAAGUGAGGCCCUGCCCUCCGCCCCAUGCAGGAGCGAGAACUCUGCUCAAGGACCCUCAGCAACUGGGGCCAGGGGCCUGGAGACACUCCAUGGAUCUCUGCUUGUGAAUUCCAGAUGCCAGGCAUGGGAGGCGGCUUGUGCUUUGCCUUCACUUGGAAGCCACCAGGAACAGAAGGUCUGGCCACCCUGGAUGGAGAGCGGGACAUCAAAGGAAACCGACAAGAUUAAAAAUAACUUGGCAGCCUGAGGCCCUGGAGUGCCCACAGGCUGGUCUAAGGAGCGGGGCUUGGGAUUGGUGAGACUGAUACAGACUUGACCUUUCAGGACCACAGAGACCAGCCUCCGGGAAGGGGUCUGCCCGCCUUCUUCAGAAUGUUCUGCGGGACCCCCUGGCCCACCCUGGGGUCUGAGCCUGCUGGGCCCACCACAUGGAACCACUAGCUUGGGUUGUAAAUGUUUUCUUUCGUUUUUUUGCUUUUUCUUCCUUUGGGAUGUGGAAGCUACAGAAAUAUUUAUAAAACAUAGCUUUUUCUUUGGGGUGGCACUUCUCGAUUCCUCUUUAUAUAUUUUAUAUAUAUAAAUAUAUAUGUAUAUAUAUAUAUAUAAUGAUCUCUAUUUUAAAACUAGCUUUUUAAGCAGCUGUAUGAAAUAAAUGCUGAGUGAGCCCCAGCCCGCCCCUGCAGUUCCCGGCCUCCUCAAGUGAACUCGGCAGAUCCUGGGGCUGGCAGAGGGAGCUCUCCGGUUUCCAGGCAA